UCUCCGUACGCUUGUUCGAUCGUUAUAUACAUACAACAAUACGCUCGCGAUUCAUUUUACCUACUGUUCGUAGCUUCUUGUUAAGCGGCCAUAUUGUCUCAGUAAGUGAAGUAAUGGUGAAUUAUAAAAAGUAAUUUUUAAGUGAAUGCUAAUAGUAAAUUUCUAAAAAAUAUUGAAAGAUGCAAACCGGCAGCGGAACUAAGAAUCCGCCAUGGGCCCGAUCAAACGUGAACACGAACAUGACCGGAAUGAAUCCGCAAAUAAUGGAUCCGAAUGCGGCAAUGAUGUCACAACAAGGCAUGAUGCCUUUUCAACAAACUCAGGCGGUGUUUAAUCCAAGCAUGAUUCAAGCCCAGGGAGGUAUGGCGAUGCCGAUGGCAGGACAAAUGCCGAUGAAUCAGAUGGCUCAAGGUCAAAUGUAUCCUGGAAAUGUAGUGGCUUAUCCUACACCACGUGCUAUGAAUCCAAACAUUUAUCAAAACAAUACACCUAACCCGGCCCAACAAUCGAGUGAACAACGUGUUUUUACCGGUACUGUAACAAAGACUCACAACGACUUUGGUUUUGUUGAUCACGAUGUAUUUUAUCAGACUUCUGUGUGCGCAAAAGGAGCAAUACCGAAAGUAAAUGACAGGGUACUAGUCGAAGCCACUUACAACCCCAACAUGCCUUUUAAAUGGAACGCGACUCGUGUUCAAGUCCUUCCUAAAGGUGGCCCUAACCAAAAAGUUAACCCGCCAAAAUCGAAUACAUACAAUGCGGUACCACCUCCGCCUAAUAAAAAAUCAAUGCUGUCGCGUCGUGAUGACCGACGCGACGAUCGACCCUCGAGGAGAGAUGACAGAAAAAGAUCCCGCACGAGAAGCAGGUCAAGGUCACGCGACCGCAGAGACAGUCGUAAUCGCAGAGACUCACCACCUCGUAAACGACCAAUCAUCCAUCAGCCUUCACCAAUAAAAUAUGUUGUCCGAGUUCCCAGAAUACCUCUUGAUAUCUCAAAGAUUGACGUUCCCACUCUCUCGCAGAGGUAUACCAAUCUUUAUAUACCAUCAGACUUUUUCAAUGCUUAUGUAAAAUGGGGUGAAACUUUCCCACCACAAGCACCAUUUUCAUUAAAUAAUCCUUGUGCUUACCACAUUAUGAGCAGAGAAAUACCAAACCCAAAUCCUAAUGAUGCUAUAUUGGAACCACAAGAUGCAGAUUACAGAUUUUCAGCAAAGGUGAUGUUAAUUAGCAUGCCAACACUAGAAACACUAUAUCAAAAAUGUGGAUUAACUAAAGUGGACGAAAAGGACAAGAGAGGAAGUAAAACACCCUUGCAUCCUACUCGUUUAAUUAAAUUCCUCGUUGGACAAAAGGGUAAAGGAGGAGAAAAUUUUGCUAUAGGUGGACCUUGGAGUCCUUCUCUUGAUGGAGAGAAUCCCGAAUCUGAUCCUGGAGUAUUAGUUAAAACAGCAAUUCGGACAUGCAAAGCCCUAACUGGUGUUGACCUAUCCAAUUGUACUCAAUGGUACCGAAUGGUGGAGUUUUACUACUGGCGCGAGGGCAGCGGCGGAAGGUCGAGACUCGAGUGUGUGGUGUUGUUCCUGCCAGAUGUGUGGUCGGCACAGCCGUCGCGUAUCGAGUGGACGACGGUGCAGGACCAAUAUAAGGCGGCCGGCGACGCGGCACUGCGGCGACUCGACGGUGAAGACUCCGAGCCUGCGCCCGCCGCGCCCUCCGUGGAGGACUCCUCGGACAAAUCCCAAAUUGAGAUUACCGAUGCCAAUGACAGUACGAUAACGAUAGAUGAAAAUGAUGAUGAUGAUGACGGUAAACCUGAACCGACCCAUUACUCCAAAAUUGAUCUUCGAACAAUAAAAGUUGACCAACUCAGACAAGAACUUCGUGCCCGAAAUGUUAGCUGUAAAGGCUUACGGGCACAAUUGGUUUCGCGUCUAUCAAAACUUAUAAAAGCAGAAGAAGAAAAAGAAUCUAAAGGAGACGAUGUGAUGGAAGUUGAGGAUGAUGAACCAACGACCACAGAAGAGAAAAAAAUAACUGAAGAAGAAAACAUUGAAAUUAAAGAUGAUAAAGCAAAACCAACUACUACAGAAGAGGAAGCCCAAGUCGUCAUUCCUGAUGAAAAUGAGGAAAAAAAUGAUAAAAAAGAAAAAGAAGAUACAGAUAAAAAUAAGCCUAAAGAUGAUAAAAAGGAUAACAAAGAAAAGAGUGAGGAGAAAAAAAUAGAAAAACCUAAAACAGAAAAGGAAAUUGAGGAAGAAAAGAAAAAGAUAGAGAAAGAGAAGCAAACUUUAAAGACAAAAUAUGAAUUACCCACUACACCACACAUUAUUGUUCAUCCAUCGCCUACAGCCAAAGGUGGUAAAUUUAGUUGUAAUAUUGCUACACUUUCACUUCUACUUGACUAUCGUAUAACUGAUAACAAGGAACAUAGUUUUGAGUUAUUUGUGUUUGCGGAACUGUUCAACGAGAUGUUAAUGCGAGAUUUUGGCUUCUACGUAUACAAAACUCUAUAUACCUUACCCGAAAAGGUUGAGGAACAUAGAGAGAAGGACAAAAGUGUUGAAAAGUCAGAUAAGAAGGAGGAGAAAAAACCAGAGCCUGAGAAAAAAGAAGAGAAGAAAGAUGAUAAGGAUAAGAAAGAUGAUAAACGUGAAGUCCGAAAAAGAGAUAGACGGGAGUCCCCCAGCGACGAGGAGCGCGGCGCGUCCCCGCGGCGGCGCGGGCGCGGCGUGGAGCUGCCGCCCGACCCCUACCUGCUGCUGUCGCUCGUGUACUUCGACACGGCGCGCGGCGGCGCCAUCGCGCGCAAGGACCUGCAGAACCUCUUCGUGAGCCUCGGCCUGCAGCUCUCGCGCUCGCAGAUCCGCUGCAUCCUCGAGAAGGUCUGCGUGCGCGACAGCUUCAGCUAUAAAGCCCUAAUUCAAGCUAUUAAGGAUCUAGCCGCUGGCACUCCAGAAGCAAUUCAAGAUUUACCACUCGACAGUACUGUAACAAACAACGAAGUACCAGCCCAUAUAACAGAGUUAGAAGCUGCGAUUGCAACGGGUAAUAGGGAACUCUUACCAGUGUUUAACAGAGAAAGUAAUGAAGCUCAAUCAUCAUCUGCAACUAAAGACGUUAGCGACAGUGGCGUGGUGGUGUACAAGUCGCGCGUGGUGGACGUGGGCGCGCUGGUGGCGGGCGCGGCGCGCUGGGCGGGCGAGCGGGCGCGGCUGGAGGCGGCGCUGGGCGAGACGCGCGCCGCGCUGCGGGCCGCGCGCGCCGCCGCCGCCAACACGCAGCGCGCCGAGCGCGGCGCGCAGGCGCAGCUGGGCGACCUCGCCGCCUCGCUCGCCGCCGCGCGCGCGCGCAUCGCCUCGCUCACGGCGAGCUCGAAAAUAUUCCAUUCAGCUCUGAAAAGUAUACAGUCCAAGGUAGAGGCUGUCGUGAACAUUAAAUAUGAAGAUGAUGACGUUGUCGAAGUCGUCAAUGGCCCGUCAAAGGUUGAAAAAGAUGAGAAAGAGAAAUCUGAAGAUAAGACUGAAGAUAAGUCUGAAGAAAAACCUUCAGAACCUGAGAACAUAAAUGAAGAUAAAGUUGAAAGUGCAGAGGAAACACCAAAAGAUAGUAAAGAAAGUGAUAUAAUCGCAACUGAAAAUAUGGACCUAGAUGAUAAAUAAUUAAAAUAAAAGUUUGGUACAAAAUUAAAACUCAGCACUAACCUUUCACGCGGAACUUAAGUUGUAUUGAAUAGAUACACAUACACAAAUAUCAAAAGCAAUAAAUGUCUCAAAAUUAACAAUAAAGAAUGAAAAUUUAAUGUUGGAUAAGUCAUUAUAACUCAGUGUCAAAUAACAUUACAUUUAUCAUUAAGAAUAUAAAAUUAUAAGAAGCUAUUAAAAUCUUUUUCAUAAAAAAAGUAAAUAAACGAAAAGCAAUUGAUUAACCAUUUAAAUACUGUAAUACAUUACAAAAAAAAAAAAAAUAGAAGUAAAAAUAUUGAAUUGGAAAUGUUUUUUUUUUUGGACAAGCGAUGUCUUGGUUCAAAGAUUGAAAAACGGGUUUUUUUAUCUUCGCUUUUUGUAUGUUCAAUCUCAGUAUGUCAGCAGUAAGUGUAUGUUUGUCAUUAUUUUUCACAUUGUGUAAAUUGAAUUGCAUUUCAAGAAAUCUGAUGUAAUAUGUGGGGCAAUAAAAUGUCUCGUCUUA